AUGGCUCCAAUAAAUCUUCCGGCUGAGUUGGUUCUGUACAUCGUUGACUGCCUGAUACCCUCCAACCCACCGGUCGUGUUUUCUCGCGGACAUGUGAUCACUCGUACGCUUCUCAGCUUGACGCUGGUCUGCAAGCUCGUCUCUCGAACUGCGAAACAGCUACUGACCAAACACUGUCUUCAAAUCGAUUCGAGCGAAUUACUAGACUGCGUCUUACAGUGGAGUGCCCUGUCUGGGAGUGAAGGCCAGGCCCCUCACUUGCCCGUAUCAGUUGGACUCUUUCUGUCCCCAUUCCCGGUAGAUAACCUCAACAUCCCGUCCACUGUAUACCAGGUUGAUCGCCUGUCGAGCGUCUUAUGCAGCAAUCUCACCCGGCUCGUCAUUGACAUGCCACUCCGAUAUUUAUACCCCGAGGAUGAUCACGAGCAAGUUCGCCCAGCCCUCCGCGCAGCGUUCGCUCGCAUGACAAAGCUCGUGGAAUUCUGCUCCGUGAAAGAUGAGCUCUAUCUGAGCACGGUAGAGGGAAUACAGGAGCCCGCGAUCUGGUCCUUUUGGCCGCGCCUGCAGCACCUAGCGCUGUACAACGUGGCAGUCGACUCCAGCCAGUUCAUCGACGGCCUCCGCCAAUGCUUGAACUUGACUCACCUUGUCCUUGUCCGACCCGACGGCCUAUCCGAGGAAGUCCCCUCGGAGCACAUGGAUUUGGGAUUCUUGCCGUCGCUUCAGCGCCUUAUCAUAGUCAAUACUGGGGCAGACUUCUUGCAAAGCACGCCCUUUGACCAGAAAAUGUGGGAAGAGUCCUUUGUUGGCCGGCUACAUGCACUGCGAAGUCCAGAUGGCGAUGCGGACAGCGACUCAGAGACUGGGUCCGUUGCCAGCUACCUUUCCCUGCGGACGCCGUUUGGCAGAGACGAUGAUGAUAUUGAGAUAUGCCAGGAGUGGCUCUAUGCGCAGGCGAUCAGUGGCGCACUAUGGGGGACGUCGGAUGAUCACCCGGCCGCUCUUUACUUGAGUAGUAAUUCCUUGGACUGA